GGCUGCACAUGCAAUACGGCGUUGCCAUCUUCAACGAAAAAGUGUAACCUUCUUUCGUUUUUGCGCUGACGUGACGUGACAGUUGAUUUGUUUGAUUAAAAUAACUAAGAGUAAAAGCGCAGCCAAAUCGAUUCGCGCCCGAAUCCACCAGCCCGGAAUCGGUAGCCGAAAGCAAAGACGCAGCCGGAAAAGGAGAGGAUACGGGAAGAACGAUCCUCGCACCGGUCGAGGAAAAAAGAGAGAGAGGCAGCGAGAGAGAGCGUGAGAAACUGGGAGCUGCACGGGUGAAAUUUCGUGGUUUCGGGACCCCGACCACCUGAGCCCUCCACCCCCCGCUGAUAAUAUACAUAUCCGCAUAUAUUCCCCACUGGCAAGAUGCUGUGUAUACAAUAUUAGCGAUUAUCGAGAGCAGGCAGCGCAUGUGCCGGCAUCCAAGGAGCUACAAUAGAAUAUUUAAGCUAUUGUAAACAAAUUCUGGAGAGGAGGUGACCAAGGUCAAACAAUCCGACGAAUACGAAUACCUGGCGGCUAGUUUCGUUUCGCUCCACCGCAAAGUGCCAGUUAACCCGUGCCGCUUGCCAUGGCCACAAGCAGCCAGCUGUUGCCCAACGGCAACUUGUCCAGGAAUGGCAAGACCAAGACAGAGGACGGUGAGGAGGUGGAAGCCGUCGCUGGAGCUCGUGCAGCAGGUGCAGGUGCCGGAGUAGCACUAAGGGGACGACUAACAGGACACCCAUCCACAUCCGGAACGUUUAUGAAACUGAAAACCUAUCUCCUAGCUCUGCGUCCCUGGUCGCUGUCCGCCAGUCUGGUUCCAACGCUGCUCGGCUCAGCCCUGGCCUACCGCUCCCAGUGGGCGGAGGAGUUUUCGCUGGCCACCUUCUUUCUCACCGCCUUCACCGUGGUCACCGUCCACUGCGCCGGCAACGUCGUUAACACCUACUUCGACUUCAUCAAGGGCAUUGACAAGCAGAAAGCCGACGACCGCACGCUGGUGGAUCACAUACUCACCAAGGAUGAGGUGGUAUCGCUGGGCGCCAUUCUGUACAUGGCUGGCUGUGGAGGUUUUGUGUUGCUGGCUGUGCUCAGUCCGGCGAAAAUGGAGCACCUGGCACUGAUCUACUUCGGGGGAUUGUCCUCGAGCUUCCUGUACACCGGAGGCAUUGGUUUCAAGUAUAUUGCUCUGGGAGAUCUGGUUAUACUGAUACUCUUUGGACCCAUCUCGGUGCUAUUCGCCUUCAUGUCGCAAACGGGUCAUGUGGACUGGACGACAAUGGGCUAUGCGAUUCCUUUGGCCCUCAACACGGAGGCCAUCCUGCACAGCAACAACACAAGGGAUGCGGACAACGAUCGCCGGGCUGGAAUCGUAACGCUCGCCAUUUUGAUAGGCCGCACAGCAUCGCACGUUCUGUAUGCCAUGCUGCUCUUCGCACCCUACUCAUUAUUCUUCAUCUUCGGCUUGAAGUACUCCCUGUGGUUCCUGCUGCCGCUGGUAACCCUGCCGCAAGCGUUCCAGAUUGAGAAGCGUUUCCGCAACGAACAGACGAUGCACCUGGUGCCUCGGCAAACAGCCAAGCUGAACUUCUUUUUUGGCAUCUUGUACGUGGUGGCCUGCUGCUGUGCCCAUCAGUUGCCCACCUUCGGAUUGCGAAGAAAUUGAUAGGCGGAAAAUCUGAAUCAGAGAGAAUGAUGGUGCAAUGAUUUAGGGAAUUUCAUUAGGUUUUAGUCAAUGUGAGUAACAUGAAGGAAGGGAGAAUGGAGCUUUGUCAGCUUCCCACAGUUUGACGUUGCGCAAAUUUCGAAUGCUGCUAGUCGCCCGUUAGAUUCUAAACUUUUGAACUGAACAUAUCCUAGCCCUAAUGGGUCGAUUAACUUGAGAGAAAACCUAUGGUUAAUAUAAGACAUUUUGAAAUACGGAUUACAGGCCUAGUAUCAGCUUAACAGUUUACUAUUUCGAUUCCGAACGAUAAUCCACAAGCAUUGUGCAAACAUAUAAUAAGCUAAAAAGUCUCUAAACCAAAUGCAUACUUAAAAUAAACCUUAGCAUCUUUUGCAAAUAUUUUGAUAGUCAAAUGUUAAGAUCUGAAACAUUUGAUUGGCUUUCGCGAUAACUAAACCAAAAGUAUGAUAUUAGACAAUUAAUUUCUAUGUCAAAAAUUGCUUAAAUUGCCCAAAGGUUUGGCGACCAUCGACCUUGACCUAUCCCACUCGUUUUUAUUUAUUUCAUAUCGUCACAAUUUUAAGUCCUAACCAAUCGAUGUUAUUAAUAAUCAUACUCUUCCUCUCGCUCGUUGGGAAUCACGGACCAAGAAAGUUUUGUGCAGCAGCAACCAACCAUUAAAUGUAAUUCAACCCACUUUUAUAUUAUUCGAAUAUAUAUAUAUAUAUAAAUAUCACCACAUUCACACGGGUGCAGAUACUUAAGUUUCGCGAAUCAAAAUGCAGAUUUACUUUACGAAUAGAAGUGCUUGGAAAUGCAGCUAAGUUGAAUGUUUUUUCGGCAAUUGGCUGGCUUGCUUUGUGAGUUUUACAAAUAUUAUAUACACGAACACGAGCAUAUAUAUAUAUUUAUACACAAAUCUAGAUCAUGUAAGCCCAGUGUCUAGCGGCAGGAUCAGAGUGAGAAUUAUAAAGGAAAAAUCGUGAAAAAAAAACUAAGCAAAACGAAAACAGAUCACAAAUUACAAUUUUUAAAUAACUAUAUACGUAUGUAGAUGUCGAGGCGAAGGAGCAACAAUUGUUUUCCAUUAACAAUAGCGUAUGCAUAUAAACAAAUAGCUUUAAAUAACAAACAAAUGAGGAGAAAGCCAAAUCCCAUUCGCAUUAUACAUUAUAAUCCAUUGUGUAACUGAUGAUUUGUGUGGCAAUAUUUAUUUGUACGCUAGAUUUUUGUAUAUUCAUUCAUUCUUUUGUGUAUACUGCAUAAUGAAAUGCUUCUGUUGGAAUCGCUCAGUAACCGAGUGGAAUUGAACUAAGUGAAAACUUCGUAGACUACAAAUCAACAACCAGAUGAACAAUAAUUAUUAUAAUGCUAUUGAUAAUUAAAUGUUUAAUUAGACAAUGUAAACGAGAAUUGUGUAAUAUAUACUGAUUUAUAUUUUAUUGAA